GCUCUAUAAGUAUUCAAUAACGGCUCCAUAACGUAUAACAGGCGAACCCUACCUGCCUACUAUAAACCCUUAUUAAAGAACAAGAUGGCCGCCGUCUAGUCGUCAGAUGACAGCUGAUAAUUUGAUUGAAGUGAGGUUAUUAGUUAUUUUGGUUGAUUCUAGUGUCAUUGCAUUGUAAUUUGUAAUUAAGUAAUUUGUACAUAAUUUGUAAUUAUUCUCAUAUCAAAGUAUCAUAAUGCAAGCUCUGCAAGCUAUAGCCGCCAUUGAGUAUGUCGAAAACUCUACACGUCGUCGUCGGAAGCGGUACCAGAAGAGAUAUGACCCGUUUUCUUUGCCGGAUAUCGACUUUAAACGGCGAUACCGCUUCAAUAAAGAGGAUACAAGGUUCAUUAUUAAUCUCGUCAGGCAAGAUUUACAACUCGAUUCGAGAGGCUGUGGCACUUCACCAGAGUUGCAAGUUUUAACUGCCAUAAGAUGCUGGGGACGUCGUGAAGUUCAAGAAGAUGGGGGAGAUUUACAUGGGUUGUCUCAACCAACUGUAAGCCGCAUUUGUGCCAGAGUUGCUCGCGCGAUAGCUCGGCACUCAGCGACUUAUAUAAAAAUGCCUCAGACUCCGAUAGAACAGUUAAAAGUUAUAAUAAGGGAUUCUUAUGAAUAAAACUGUAAGACUCGAAAUCUCGUUUUCUUAGUUGAGUUGUAUGCACUUAUGCAGAAGGGUCUGGGAACCCACUGCAUUAUUACCCAAAGAGAACUCCUGCUAUUGUGAUUAGUGGAUAGGGGUCCACUAAUCACGUAAUGACACGUAAGCAGCAGAAAUCUAAUAUAUAUAGGUAGUAUAAAAAGAAAAGCCGACCCGACUGACUGAUCUAUCAAUGCGGAGCUCAAAAACUACUGGACGGAUCAGACAGAAAUUUGGCAUGCUGAUAGAAGAAUUAUUACAUAGAAAUCCGCUAA